ACAAGGAGAGGAGCAAAAGGGCACUUUUCAAAAGAAAAUGGAGAGCUAUUUGGAGGGGCCUUCUACUUCUAGUGUCACUAGUGAGGAAAAUGACUUGAUAAUGGUAAUGGAGAAUGAGAUAAAUGGCACUAGCUGGUCAUUAGAUGAGAGUUCUCCACCAGAAAAUUGUUACUAUGUGAUACAUGAAACAAGUUUUACCAUUGAUGAAAUGAUGGCUGCUACUGAAAACAGAGAGCUUGUUGUGAGGGCUGAUGAUGAAGAUUCUAGAAAUUUGAUUCAACAUACAGAGGAGGACAGCUGCUCGAAGGUGAAGCAACAAGGCAUUGUGGUUGGAAAAUAUGAAACUUUACUUGAUUGUUUCUCAGAGCCUACUGAUCCUCUACUAAAUGGUUAUUUUAUUCACAGUGUGAAAUUCUCUAAGGCAAAAAGUUUUUCUGCACUGUGCAAACAAAUUGCAGAGACACAUAACCUCUUUGAUAUAAAUAACUCAGUACUUUGGAAUAGAUAUUUCAUAACUGUUGUAAAACUAAUAAAAACUGUCAAAAAUUUAAGAAAGAAACAAAUACUUUACUGGCAAAGACUUGUGGACCUGUUCAAUACUCCUUUCAGUUUCAAUAAAUCAAAUGAAGUAAAAGACACUAAAAAACGAAAUUCAUUAGCCGUUCAAAGUUUCUUCAAAUGUUGUGCUGAUCCAAGUUCUUCUGCUGGUAAAAAAAUGAUCACAAAGGGAGAAAGUAAAAAUGGUCUAAAAAAAGAACCCAGCUGUCCUAAGUGUCAAAAGAAUAACAAAGCAUUACUUCAGCGUAAAAAGACAAUUAUAAGCCUUAGAGAAAAAUGGCGCUGCCUUCCAAAAACUGUCCCAAAAUUACAAAAGCUGCAGCAGGCUGUACUGAGCACAACCACAGAAAAUGAGAAGUUGAUGUCAGAAUUAGAAGCAAUUUCUGAUAUGCAUCACAACUUGCUAAUAAAGGUGCAAUUAAAUAACAUUGAAAUAGAGGAGCUGAAAGCAGAAAAUGCCUCCCUGAAGGCAGAGAAUCAAAAGCUGGUAGAAGAAAACACCAAAAUGAAUGAGAAGCUUUCUACUGAGUUAAUUUUACCUUUUACUUUAAAAAUGCCUUAACUUGAUUAAAAUAAACAGUGAGUGUUUAAUAUUUGACAAUGCUUAGUGUAUUUCCUCAGUUAUUCAAAUUAUUCAAUUACUUUUUAUAGUAAGUAAGAUCAGUUAAGUGUCUUCAGCUCUAGGAAUUAUUACCUUUACCAAAGUCAUUACUAUAGAUAGAAUAAACUGACUUUUCAAAUGACAUACACUA